GAGAUUCGAAAAACCCUGGACUACGUGACUGCGUUGCUGGGUAAGUAGAACAAAAACAACGGCGUUGGGGUCGGAGUUUGAAGCUUGGUCAGACCAUAGACUGUACAUACGGAUUCAGACAAUUCAGACGGACGGUAUCUUCGGUUUCGAAUUCAGUUUUGUUGACGGUUCCUGUGCUAAAGCUCUCUACUGUAAGACAUGGCAGCCGACUGCGUGGCUUGGCUGAACGCUUACCCAGUUGACGCUGAGGACCUCAGUGAUUCCUUCCUUUCUGGAGAGGAGGAAAAUGGGGGAUUGGCUGUCCACAACAAGAAUAUCAGCAAUGAGAUCAACAGCAACUGGUUGUCUUCGACCAGCAACAGCAUCCACGAGGCACGUCUCAAGGCGAAGGCCAAACGGAGGCUGAGGAAAAACUCCUCCCGAGACUCCGGUAGAGGGGACUCUCUCAGUGACAAUGGAGAUGUGAGUCGGGGGAUUUCUGUAGCGCCUACAAGUCCAAAGAGCAAGCUGAUGGACCGAAAGUCCCGGAUGAGGAAGGGCAGAGGUCUGCCAAAGAAGGGUGGGGCAGGAGGAAAAGGUGUGUGGGGCAAAACUGGUGAAGUUUACGGACCGGUGGUGGUAGAUGAGAAAGACCCCAACUACGAUGAAGAUCAGGAAAACUGUGUUUACGAGACCGUGGUGCCCCCGCUGGAGGAGAGGGACUUUGAGAAGACGGUCACCCCCAUAGUGCUGGAGUACUUUGAACACGGUGACACAAAUGAAGUAGCUGAGCUGCUUUCAGAACUGAACCUGGGUUCCAUGCAGAGCGAGGUCCCAUCACUGGCUGUGUCUCUGGCCCUGGAGGCUAAGGCUAGCCACCGAGAGCUCACCUCCAGGCUGCUGGUUGACCUUUGUGGGACAGUUCUCUCCCACAGCGACAUGGCGACCUCUUUUGACAAACUACUGAGAGAUUUGCCCGAUCUGGUCCUCGAUACGCCUGGAGCUCCUCAGUUGGUCGGACAGUUUAUUGCACGUGCUGUAAGCGAUCAGAUACUCUCCAAGAGCUACAUAGAUGGGUACAAAGGCAAAGUUGAUUGUGAAUAUGCAAGGGCGGCGUUAGAUCGAGCUGCUGUGCUGCUGAAGAUGAGUUUGGGGGGGCUUCGGAUAGACAACCACUGGGGAACAGGGGGAGGCCAGAGACCUGUCAUCCAGCUUAUUAGAGAGAUGAACCUGCUGCUGAACGAGUACAUCCUGUCUGGAGACAGUAAGGAAGCUGAGCGUUGCCUUCGGGAUCUGGAGGUUCCCCAUUUCCACCACGAGUUUGUCUAUGAGGCAAUCGUGAUGGUGUUGGAGUCUAAAGGCGAGAAAACUUUCAAAAAGGUUCUGAAGCUUCUCAGUUUAUUCUCAGCAUCAUCCAUCAUCACUGUGGACCAAAUGAAAAGGGGCUUUGAGAGAGUUUACAUGGAUAUUGCUGAAAUAAACAUUGAUGUCCCGCGUGCAUACUUCCUCCUGGAGCAAUUUGUGGAGAAGAGCUUCAGUUUGGGAAUUAUUGGUGUGAAGUUACGAGAUCAGUGUCCUCGCUGGAGCCGGAAGAGAUUCGUCAGCGAGGGAGAUGUCGGUGUUGUGAAAUUUGAUCGGUACUGAGGUGUCCUUCCUGUGCACCAGAAUCCCUGAAGAGAAGAGGAUGGAAUGAUUAUUUGCUUUUUUCUUUGUUUUUUAAAUCGCAUAGUAGAAUUGUCUCCCUUCUAACAGUAUGACUCUGGAAUAGAGGUGAGGUUAAAAGAACUGCACUUUUCAUUUGAUCCAAAGUAGAUCACUUUCUUCAAGGUGUUCCUGUAUAAACAUUUUCAUAAGCUAUCCCUGAAAGUGCCACACCUCCCAGUGACAGUCAUUCCGCAUUUGUUUUGUACAGUAUUUUAUUUUCUGGUAUUACUGCCACUCCUUAAUUUGUUGUUUUUGAUUUUUCAAAAGUGUUGUUUAUACUGAAAAAACAAAUUUGUGUUGUUUUAUGAAAAUGUGGAGUAAACAAAUAAAGGGAGAAUGUUG